GAACGCGAGCGGGAGCGGGAACCCCGCGGGCGCGGCCCCGGGGGGCCGGUGAGGUUUUGCCGGUCCUUGGCCGCCAACCCCCCCGAGUGCCGGCGCCGCGUUCUGUUCCGGGCGAGCCAGCACAGCCGGCGAGGGAUGGAGAGAGCUGUCCCCGAUUUCUCAGAGCGCCAAGGAGAUGGAGGCAGAGCCCUCUUGAUGCCCCCCGAGCCCGGCCACGAGACCUUCCCUGCCCCCCAAGGCGAGGAGCGAAGAGCCGCUUUCCUCCAGGAUGCCAAGAAAACCCCGGAGACCCCGACCCUGUCCGGGACGGAGACGGAGCUGGAGGAGGACGCGUUUUACUCCGCGGGGGAGCUGCCGACCAUGAGCAGGGAGGGGAAGGGACCCCCCGGUGUGGAGGACCCCGACUUCUUCUCCUCCCUGUCCCGGCAGGAGCCCGAUGUCGCCCUGGAAGCGCACGACGUGGCCGAUGAGCCCGAUCCCGCCCUCUCCGGAGCCGUCCCGGCCGUGGCUCACAGGACGGAGCUCGGCCCCACCAACGAGGAGCGUUUGGAGUUCCAGCAGGGCCUGUACAGGACGGACGCCCGGAGCGCCCUGGAGCUGCGGAACAUGACGGUGUCCGGCGGCCUGUCCUGGGACGGCGACGGGAGGCAGGAAAGCACUUUAGAGAGACUCUCCGGCCCCAAGGACUCCAAGGAGGCGGCGUUUGCCGGGGAGCCCCGGGGGGCGGAUCCCGAGCAGCUGGAGAGCGACUCGGAGGGGCCGGAGGGCGGGAGGGCGGCGGCGGAGACGACGCCGGGUCCUCGCGCCGCCGAGGAGAAAUAUCUCAGAAACGAACCAAAGCAACUCGAAGGGCUCGGCAGGGAGCACCUGGAGAAAGGCAGGAGGGGAGUCCAGAGGGUCGACUGGAUUCCCAGGCCCAACAGGAGCCCGAGCCCUCCCUACAAAGAGGUAACCAAGCCGACAGAUGUAGCAACCAACCUGCCCUUCCGGGACCAGGCCGUGCGCGAAGUGCCUCCUCCGCUGCCCCCGCCGGUGUUCAGGAAAACGCUCAACCCCGUCCUGGGCAAAUCCAAAGCCCUGGAGGGCUCCUCGUCCCACAGGAAGGGGCUGGUGGUGGACUCGGACGUGGCUGAGGUGGCCCCGCUCUCGACGGCCGAGUGGAUGCUGCAGAAGCCGAGUCUCCAGCUCGGCGCCGACCUGGCCGUGGGCAAACAGUCGUGGACGGUGAACGCCGAGGACUCGGUGGAGCGGGUGCCGCUGAUGUCCCUGGACCCCGCUCCCUGCAGCUCCUACGACGUGGAGAUGAGGCCCUACGUGUGCAGCGUCCUGCUGGAGGAGCAGGGCAAGGAGGAGCUGGGCCAGGAGGAGGAUCCCUCGGUCUACACCUGCAUCGAGUGCAGCAUCUACUUCAAGAAGAAGGAGCACCUGAUGGAUCACAUGCUCCAGCACAACCGCGGGCCGGGCAGGGACCAAGACGGGGACGCCCUGGGGGGGCAGCGCCAACUGUGCUGCAGCGAGUGCGGGUGGGCCUUCGGGGACCCCGCGGCGCUGGAGCAGCACAGGAGGCUCCACCAGGAGUCGCGGGAGAAGAUCAUCGAGGAGAUCCAGAAGCUGAACGAGUUCCCGGACGAGGGCCGGGAGGCGCGGCUGCAGUGCCCCAAGUGCGUCUUCGGCACCAACUCCUCCAAGAUCUUCGUGCAGCACGCCAAGAUGCACGUCAAGGAGAGGAAGGACCAAGGGGCCAAGAGCUCUUCGGGGCUCUUCGGCAGCGCGGGCGGCGGGGAGAGCCAGGACGGCCCCGCGCGCGGCCUCUACAAACGCUUCAGGGCCAACGAGCACCCGGCCCUGCCGGCGCCGGCGCCGCCCCACGGCAGCGCCAAAGGGCUCAGCGUCUGCGUGCUCUGCGGCUUCCCGGCCCCCAACGAGCACAUCCUCAAGGAGCACAUGAGAUACGCCCACUCCCACCUCUCCUGGGAGGCCGAGGCCUACGAGGACGAUCCCAACCAGCCGGGCACCAGCAGGGAUGCCUACAGCCCCGCCCGGCCCGGCCGCUUCCCGGAGGCCGAGUAUUUCGGCAAAGCCGACCGGCUCUUCCCCCCCGCGCCCCGGGAAAGCGCCGCCCACUACGACCCCCCCCACGGCUUCGCCCUGGCCCAGCCCCGGCUCGACAGGAGCAAUGGGGCCGCCAAAAAGGACUACCAGGCCUCGGGCUUUCACGCCAGGAAGGCGGCCCCGUUCACCGCCCCGCACAAAAACCUGGGGCUGUCCGGCUUUCCCUCCGCCAGGGCUUAUUCCCAGUUCGCUCUGCAGCAGCUGAAGAAGAAAGCGGCGGCUCAGCACCUUGAAGGAGACGGCGACGGCCUCCGGAGCCACCCCGGGGGGCUGGAGGAGCUCCGGCAGAAGUGGAUGUUGGGCGGCGACGGCGGGAGCGCGGAGGAGGAGAUCCCGGUGGGCACGGAGGUGGAUUUGGGCGAGAGCAGGGCCCCCAGAGCCGUCACCAUCCCUCAGGCUGCCUUGGACCUCAAGAGGACGUUCAGGGACACCCUGAGGGCCACGGACUCGUCGGUGGCGUCGGAGGAGCAGCAGCAGCAGCUGAGGAUGAUGGUCCCCCUGGUCCUGCUGGAGGAGGUGAACCUGCACCCCAAGGCGGCCAAGCGGCCGCGGGGGAAGGCGUUCAAGAGGAAGGCGACGCUCCCGCCCCGGGAUUUCGUGAUGGAGGAGCCCCUUCCCUUGGACGUGCUGCUCUUGGACGCUCCCCUGGAGGGUCCCCUGGAGCUCGACGACCUGCUGGACUCCGACGCCGGCAUGUUGAAGAACGAGGAGAGGAAGUGUCCCUACUGCCCCGACCGCUUCCACAACGGCAUCGGGCUGGCCAACCACGUGCGGGGCCACCUCAACAGGGUGGGCGUGAGCUACAACGUCCGGCACUUCAUCUCGGCCGAGGAAGUGAAGGCCAUUGAGCAAAAGUUUUCCUUCCAAAAGAAGAAGAAAAAAGGUAUCGCCAACUUCGACCCGAGCACCUUCAGCCUGAUGCGCUGCGAGUUCUGCGGCGCCGGCUUCGACACGCGGGCGGGGCUCUCCAGCCACGCCAGGGCCCACCUGCGGGACUUCGGCAUCACCAACUGGGAGCUCACCAUCUCGCCCAUCAACAUCCUCAAGGAGCUCUUGGCCAACUCCUCGGAGCACCCGCUGCUGCAGGCGGCGCUGGGGGCCGAGCCCUCGUCGCCGGGCCGGGACAGGGACGCGCUCGGCGCCUUCGCCCCCCGCAAGAGCGUCACCCCCAUGGCCCCGCUGUCUCCCUUCCCCCCAACCUGGGGAGAGGAGCCCCUGCAACCCUACAGAGACGUCCUGGCUCCGGAGGAGGACGAGCUGGUGGCCAUGGAAGUGGCUUCCCCCCCUCCCAUCCCGAAGAAAAGCUCGGCUCAGCUGGAUCCGCCCCCGCCCCGGAUCGGGACCAAACUGUCCCCGGAGCCGCCCGGGAGCAAACCGGAGCCUCAGGACACCAAAGCCCAGAGCCUGACCACGUGCGAGGUGUGCGGCGCCUGCUUCGAGACGCGCAAGGGGCUGUCGAGCCACGCGCGCUCCCACCUGCGCCAGCUCGGCGUGGCCGAGUCGGAGAGCAGCGGGGCCCCCAUCGACCUCCUCUACGAGCUCGUGCGCCACAAGGGCAAGGCCGACGGGGCCCCCAGCCUCAUCCCGCCCCUCGCCAAGAAAUCCUCCGCCUCUCCCAAGGAUCCCGGGGCCGCCCCCCGGCCGGCGGCGCUGCUGGCGCUGGCCAAGGCCGAGCGCCCGCCCGAGGGGGCCGUCAACAAAGCCAUCAAAUCCCCGCCGGGCUUCACCAAGGCCCUGGCCCAGCCCGGCUCCCCCGUGCUGAAGAAGGUGCCGCCGGCGCUGGGGGGGUCCCCGUCUCCCAAGAAUCCCGAGGAGAAGAGCUCCAAGCUGGCGCUGAGCCCGCUGCCGGGGUCGCCCACGGCGGCCCAGUGGCCGCAGGACGAGGACGGGCCCCUCAACUUGACGUCGGGGUCGGAGCCGGCGCGCGACAUCCGCUGCGAGUUCUGCGGGGAGUUCUUCGAGAACCGGAAAGGUCUGUCGAGCCACGCGCGCUCCCACCUGCGCCAGAUGGGGGUCACCGAGUGGUACGUCAACGGCUCCCCCAUCGACACCCUCCGAGAGAUCCUCAAGCGCCGCCGCGGCGGGAAUCCCGCCGGGAAUCCCACCGGGAACCCCGCCGGCCCCAAGGCCGUGGCCAAGAGCCUGCUGGGCACCCUGGGACCGCUGGAGCCGCGCGGGCCGGCAGAGCUGCACAUUCCCGCCCUGGGGAAGAAGGUCCCGCCACCCGGCAGCCCCCCGGGGCCGUCUCCCACCUCGUCCCCGCCUCCCACCGCCCGGAAGAUGUUUCCAGGCCUUUCUCCUCCCUCCUUGCAGAAGAAGCUCAAGCCAGAGCAGCUGAGGGUGGAGAUCAAGCGGGAGCUGAUGGCCGGAGGGAUCCACGGGGAGCCGCAUCCGUCGGAUCGCACCUGGUCCCCCCGGGAGGAGAUGUCGCCCCUGAACCUCUCCUCCCGGGCCGACCCGGUGCGCGACAUCCGCUGCGAGUUCUGCGGGGAGUUCUUCGAGAACCGCAAGGGGCUGUCGAGCCACGCCCGCUCCCACCUGCGCCAGAUGGGGGUCACCGAGUGGUCCGUCAACGGCUCCCCCAUCGACACCCUCCGGGAGAUCCUCAGGAAGAAAUCCAAGCCCUGCCUCAUCAAGAAGGAGCCGCUGGCCCCCGGCCUGGAGCCCCCCAAGGCGCUGGGGGAGGACGGGAUGGAGCCCAAGCCGCCGGCGGCGCCGGCCGGGAAGGUGCUGCCGGGGCUGUCCCUGUCCCCGCUGGGCGGGAGGCCGGGAAAGCCGGGGGGGGCCCUGGCCUUGACCCCCCUGGGGUCCAAAAAUCCCGGCGCGUUCCUGGCUCCCAAGCGGCCGCUUCCCGACGACCGGCUGGGCCCCCACGGGGAAUCCAAGCACAAAGCCUUCGGCCCCCCCGAGCUGCCCUUCAAGGCCAAGGCGCUGCACGACAAGGCCUCCUCGGAGGCGUGCUGCGAGCUGUGUGGGCUGUACUUUGAGAACCGCAAGGCCCUGGCCAGCCACGCCCGCGCCCACCUGCGCCAGUUCGGGGUCACCGAGUGGUGCGUGAACGGCUCCCCCAUCGAGACCCUGCGCGAGUGGAUCCGGCACCGCCCGCACAAGGCCGGCGCCUACCGCAGCUACAUCCAGGGGGGGAGGCCCUUCUCCAAGAAAUUCCGCAACUCCGGCCACGCCCGGGAGCACCGGGGCGGCCCCCUGGCCCUGCAGCCCCCCGGGGUGGCCUUCCUGGGCAAGGGGCUCCCCGGGGAGCUGCCCCACGGGGACCCCGGGAAGGUGCUGGACGGGCCGGGGGAGAGGCCCCUGGUGACGUCCCCGCUGUCCCUGGUGAAGCUGGAGGAGCACCAGCGCUCCAACAUCAGCAAGUUCGAGCGGAGGCAGGCCCGGCCCCUGGACGCCGCCCUGCACCGGGGGGAGGAGGAAGGGGCAGAAUUCCAGCAGAAGUUGGAGGAGCCGCGGCCGCCCCCGCCCAGGGUGCGCCCGGUGCCGUCCCUGGUGCCGCGCCCGCCCCAGACCUCGCUCGUCAAGUUCGUGGGGAACAUCUACACCCUCAAGUGCAGGUUCUGCGAGGUGGAAUUCCAGGGCCCGCUGUCGAUCCAGGAGGAGUGGGUUCGGCACCUCCAGCGGCACAUCCUGGACAUGAAUUUUUCCAAGGCGGAUCCCCUUCGGAGCGAGGCCCCGGCGCCCCCGGAGCCCCCCGCCCUGGCCGAGGCCCAGUAGCGCCGAUUCCGGAGCCGGCGCAGGGACAUCCUCACCCUCCCCUUCCCGCUCCCACAGCCCGUCGUUUUUUUGGGAAAAGGGGGCGGGGGAGGGGCCCCAUCGCUGCCUUCGCCCCUCCGGAGCGUCCCCCCCUCUGAUCCCGGGGAUGAGCUGGGGGAGGGGGGGGGGGCCACAAUCCCGGCCACAAGCACUACAUGGAUCGCGGGGCGGAGCCUCGGGAACGCCUCGGGAAUCCCCCGGGAUCGCACCGCGGGAAUCCGGCGCCGGAUCGGGGGGCGGGAACGACUCGACGCCGGGACGGGGGAGCGGGGGAGGCUGAACUUCCCUUCCCCCCCCCCCCCCUUCCUCGCUUCCCAAAAUCCGUGUUUUUUAACCCAAAGAACAAACGGUGCCGCCUUUCCCGGUGGCGAUUCGGGGCCGGAGGGAAUUCCGGGAAUUCCCGGAAAACGCUGUGGAUUUUGUACAUGACCCUUCGAGUUCCUGUAUAUUCGAGUUUUUCCAUAGGCGCCGGCCGGAUUUAGUGGCGCGUAGAUGUCGGAAUCCCUCGGUUCCGGGGUUGCAUGUUCCCAAAAUCCCCCUUUUCCCGCACCAAAACGCCGCCGCCUCCCUCCCGGCCUCUUCCCACCGCGGCCAAACGAAAAUCCCACCGGAUUCGCCCCCCUCCUCCCGCUGCCCAUUCCCGGGAAUUUCUCCGCGGGGGGAGCGGCGGGGGAGACCCACCAGUGGGAGCUGGGAAAUCCCUGGGGAAUUCCGGCAUUCCCACCCGGAACCGGCCGUGGCGGCGCCGGGAGGAUUCGGCUCAGUUUUCCUCCUUUUUCCCAGUUUUUUUCCCGGUUCCACCGUCGCUUUGUUGUUUUUUCCCGGUUUUUUCCUCGUCCCAGCUCCAUAGACCCGACUUUUUUAAACUCUAGACUUGUGUAGAAAUAAGGAAUAUUCGUUUUUAUUUGGGAAUCCCGAAACUUCCGAAUUUUGGAAGGAAUUUUAACGGAUAAAUAUUUUUUUUUCUGUCUUUUUUUUUCUUUUUUUUUUUUUUCUUUUUUUUUUUUCUUUUUUUUUUUUUUUUUUUAUUUCCACUUUUUCGGGACGUUUCUGGUGAUUCCUGUACCCGGGAGUGUGGGACGACGGAUUAAAUUGUUCUGGAAAUGAAGCCUGGGGGGAGAAC